AUGCCCGGCAAGCACGUCGACAGCGACCCUUCGGCCGCCGGCCGCCCGUGUCAGAGAUGUCGCAUCUCUGAGGCCUCGAUCAUCGUGCGGGCCGAGCCCCUCUGCAGGGACUGCUUCGUGAAGUACGUAAACACCAAGGCCAUCAAGCGCAUGGAAUCCUAUGCCUACUACGUCAAGAACCGCUCGGCCAACGAAGAACGCAAACUGCUCCUCCCCGUUUCGUUCGGAGUAUCCUCCGUUACCCUACUUUACCUUCUAGACGAACACCUGAAGAGGCAGACGGCCAAGUCUGGUCGCACUGGGUACGCGUUGCACGUCCUGUUCGUAGACACAGCUGCUGUGGAGAGGGAUGUUCCGGGAACAGACAUGCUGGAUAAAUUAAAGGAAGCGUUUCCUGGCCAUGAGUACAGUAGUGUCGCGCUCGCCGACAUAUUCGAGAGCAGCGACGCCAAGCAAAUCCUGCAGGAGAUGCCUGAAGUGGCGUCUGCAGAGGUCACUGGCGAGGCUGAAACGCCGCAAGAGAGACUGGAACGCCUGAUCCUUUCCCUGCCCUCGGCCACCUCACGGUCCGAUGUCAUCACUAUACUCAAAAACAGGCUCGUUGUAAGUUUUGCGCAGAAGCAUGGCUGCAAGGGUAUCCUGUGGGGCGAUAGUACCACGAAGAUUGCGGGGAAGACAUUGGCCGAGACUGCCAAAGGACGCGGCUUCUCGCUGCCAUGGCAGGUAUCGGACGGCAUGUCACCUUUUGGCAUCGCCUUCAAUUAUCCGCUCCGCGACCUGCUGAAGAAGGAGUUGGUCGCUCAUGCCCAGGUUACUGUUCCGCCGUUGACUGGCUUGAUCCACGCGGACAAGCCAACCCAGGCCUCGGCCAGCGCGAAGAACACCACGAUCGAUGACUUGAUGAAGCAGUAUUUCGAAUCUGUGGAACAGGAGUACCCGAGUAUCGUGGCGAAUGUGGUUCGCACGUCAAGCAAGCUUGAGCCUGGCGCAACAGAGGACGACAGAUGUCAGUCAUGCCACAUGCCGGUAGCCGGAGCACGAUUCGGCAUCCAUGGCUGGGGCGGCGAUCAACAAGACGCGGCGUCUAUGCAACCGGGGGCAGGGCGUCUCUGCUACGGCUGCACAAGAGCUGUGCCGCAGUCGGCGAGCUUGUUGCCAGAUGAGCUCGAAGAUGUGAUGCUAGCCGCAUGCGACGGUGUUGAGCGAUGCGCCAACGUCGGCACCGCAUUGGCGGGGUCGGCGCUUAGAGCUGCCCACAUGCAUGUGGACCUUCUUCACAACCACGGCGCUUAA